CAAUAUGGCGCCGACGUUGACGUACGAUUCAGCGCUCGAUGCGGCGUCUACGUAUGUUUGUCUAUGGUGGGUAGCCUCUGCCAUGCCCAUGACUGUAGCCACUUGUAGCGGAAGAGGCUAGAAGGAGGUGUUCAUUUCGCGACUGGUGUUGUCAGAAAUUAACCUUUGCUCUCUGUGUGGUUGGCACCGUCUGCAUUUCUGACUCGGACCACUGGAAACAGACCCCUGAAAAUUAAAAACUAAGGACGUGGAUCUUCUGACAAGAGAAAUGUCAGAUAACAGCGCCACAGCUGAAUCAUCAGAAUCUCCUCCGAGGUUCACAAGAAAAGAGGUUCUCACCUUAAUAUCAAUGGCGUCUGUCAACUUCAGCUCAAUGAUAUGCUACUCAAUAUUAGGGCCAUUUUUCCCCACUGAGGCAGUGAAGAAAGGAGCCAGUCAGACUGUUGUUGGUCUCAUAUUUGGGUGCUAUGCUGUCUGCAAUUUAAUUAGUUCAUUGAUACUGGGAAAAUAUAUUGUCCAGAUUGGUGCUAAGUUCAUGCUUAUUGCUGGACUUUUUGUAUCAUCAGGCUGCACUAUUGUAUUUGGAUUACUUGAUCGGGCUCCUGAAGGACCUGUAUUCAUUACUCUGUGCUUUGUUGUGAGGUCACUUGAUGCUGUGGGCUUUGCCGCUGCUAUCACCUCCACGUUUGCCAUGACAGCAAAAAUAUUCCCAAACAAUGUGGCAACUGUUUUGGGUAGUUUGGAGAUUUUUGCAGGACUUGGCCUUAUCCUGGGACCACCUGUGGGAGGGUGGCUCUACCAGUCUUUUGGAUACGAAGUCCCUUUUUUGUUUCUUGGAUGCUUCCUGUUCAUUAUGGCUCCUUUCAACAUUUACAUCCUGCCAUCCAUUGAGGCGGACCCAUCGAAGGAUUCAUUCUUUCGACUACUCACCCACGUGAAAAUAAUCCUGCUCUGCUAUGUAAUAUUCACUCUUAGCGCAGGUCUGGGCUUUUUGGAUGCUACUUUAUCACUAUUUGCUAUUGACAGGUUCAGCCUCUCAAACGGCUACGUGGGACUCGUAAUGCUUGGUGUUUCUUUACCGUAUUGUCUGGCAUCACCGCUGAUUGGGUAUUUCACAGAUAAAUAUCCAGCCACUAGGAUGGGGUUUAUGGUGACAGGAAGCCUCGCCGCAGCAAUUGGCUUCUGUCUGCUUGGUCCCGCCCCUUUUCUUCACAUCCCGAGUCAGCUGUGGUUGCUGGUCAUCAUGCUUGGUCUAAUUGGGUUUUCUCUGGGAAUGACUGCAAUCCCCCCGUUUCCUGAGAUCAUCACAUGUGCAUAUGAAAAAGGAUUUGAAGAGGGGCUGAGUACACUUGGAAUGGUGUCUGGGUUAUUUGGUGCAGUGUGGUCCACUGGGAUGUUUUAUGGUCCAAUUGUGGGUGGAAUUCUUGUUCAACAUCUCAGCUUCGAAUGGGCUGCUGCAGUCCAAGGGGGCUUGGCGUUUUUGGGUGCAUUUCUCCUUGCUGUGUAUUCGCUCUGUCAACGGCCACAACAAAGGGUCCAAGAGGACAGCCGACAAACAGAUGAAAGAACCCCUUUCCUAUGAUCCUAUGUUCCAGCUCCAAGUUACACAACUUUUAAAACAUGUUAUCAACCAUUUUUUUUUUUUUUUUUGUCUGAUAUUGUUUUAAUGUUGUGACUAUAUGGGUUAUUUUUUUGGACCUAUAGCACAUACUAAAGUUAGAACUACUUAAAAAGGUGUUUUAAGUACUUUGCCAGGUGUUUAUAUGUCUGUUGUUAAUGAAACAGUGCUGUGCAAGGUAAGCGCUUAGAUUGAUCGUGUUAUGUUUUCAUGAAAUGCUUAAACCAGAGACAGUCAUGGAAUGGGUCCAGCUGCAAUGCCAAUGAGUUCCCAGAUACACCAGAUAAUUUAUAUGGGGAGCAACACGCAUAACAAAAGUGAGACAGUAAGUUGGACUACACAAACGUGAUUGUGAUCGAAGUUACACUCCUGUAAAGUUUCCUAACUGUACGAGUAUCAGUGCUGUCACAUUGACAAAAUCUGUCCACAGACAGACACGCAAAGACCUGCCAAAGUACUUAAAACUGACUUGUAAUAGUUUCUCCAGCAGCGUCGUAAUGACUCUCGCACAAUAACACCAGCCAUGACUGCAUGGCUCCUAAGUUUUUAAGAGCUUAAAGAUAAAAUGGUACAAGUGUACUGACUUUAGGUUGGUGUAUCAGAAUGUAAAUGUUUCAUGCGGUGGAGUAACCUUCAAAGUGCACUGACUAGAUUAAAACAAUGCAGUUCACAAGACAGCCACAAACUGGUGCAGACCACAAAUGUGCCUUUUGUUGAAAUGCUCUUUCUACAUCACGACUUGGAUUUCAUGUUGCAUUGACCAAUAUCAAGAGCUACUGACCUCAUUCAUAGAAAUAUGAAGAAGACUGUGUUAUAUAAUGUUAUCUUUGAAAAGAUAAAAUUAUACAGGUCAUAAUGAACCUUUCCAUACUGUACAAUUUAAUUAAAAUCCAAUGCAGAUGUUGAAUGUUGUGCCUUAUUUUCU